GCACACUUUGACGUAACGAGAGACCGGUUGCAGUUCUGCUCGGUAUCGGUAGCAACGCAGCACAUAUUGCGCAACAUGACAACGCUCGGCACGCACCAUAGCCGCCAGUCCAGCAGGUAAAAUACCUAUCCUAUAGGGUGGGAAGAGAACAGACGACAAGCUCCUCGUUUUAUUCUACACCGGAAUCAUCCAGGGAAUCAGAUGCACGCGCCCCUCUCAACCUCUCUCUCUCUCUCAGCACCAGACUCACCCUCCUCUAGCUCCGGAUCAGAGAUGACUUGCGUACCGCGUCGGAUGCAGUGGAGAUGUAUCCGUGAGUGAGUGAGCACACCAGCCAUCCCCUGAAGACCCGUCAUUUGUCAAAUACGUGUUUUCCUCAGCAGCAAAUCAAGGAGAAUCUCGUUGGGAUCCAAAUGGCAGCGUUUUUAACAAAUUCCAGUUCAUGGAUUCUAUCUAAACAGACCUGGAAUAAUCCAUGACCCUGGAUAUCAUCUCAAACUGUCCGCAGCUUGGAGCAUCGGUGUGACCACUCAGUGAGGAACCCUGGGGUCAGCACUAACGUAAAGACUGGGAGAACAAACAUACACAAUUAUUGGAUCCCACUGACAUAUUCUAGAUGGUUAAUAUGCUACACUGUCAUCAUUAACAGUGGGCUAGGGCGGUAGUCUCCCUUCCUUGGGUCUAUUUAGUAGAGAACCGCCAAGAAAGCCGUUGGUUCACUAUACGCGCAGCAAAACGUUUCUUUUUCUAAAACAAAAUCGUCAGUCCUUGAUUUAUUGUUACUCUGUUUGCUACUGAGGUGAAAAAUGGCAUUUUACCUUCUGCUUUCAUAAAUUACCGUCGCAAACCAUUCAGAACAUACAUUAGUCAACGCGCAGAUUGGAGCGGCAGCGGGGUAUUCAGUGUUCUCUAUGCACGUUCCACCUCGCAAACCUCCUUCCUCUACCCUGAAAGGACUUCCCGUUGAGUGCUGGAUAUGUUGAGAUUAACGUGAAGAAUGGACCUAAUAAUCUCUGUUCUUGGGCUCCUGACGCUGUCACUGGAAGGCAUCCGUUGCCAAGGAGUUUACGCUCCCCCUACGGUCCGCAUCGUACACUCGGGCCAUGCGUGCAACGUGGAGGAGGAACGACACACGGAGAGGGUGUACACCAUCCGGGAAGGAGAGACUCUAGAACUCACCUGUCUGGUCACGGGACACCCACGGCCACAGAUCCGGUGGACAAAGACAGCAGGCAGCGUGUCGGACCGCUUCCAGGACUCGAGCGUGUUCAAUGACACACUGCACAUCUCGAAGAUCCAGAGACACCAGGGGGGGCGAUACUACUGCAAGGCUGAGAACGGCCUGGGCUCCCCUGCCAUCAAGUCCAUACGGGUGGACGUCUACUACCUGGACGACCCUGUGGUGACGGUGCACCAGAGCAUAGGAGAAGCCAAAGAGCAGUUCUACUACGAGAGGACCGUGUUCCUGCGCUGCGUGGCCAACUCCAACCCCCCGGUCCGCUACAGCUGGCACCGCGGGCGAGAUGUUCUCUCACAGGGCUCCGACAAGGGAGUGGAAAUCUACGAACCGUUUUUCACACAGCUGCAGGGGGAGACAAAAAUCUUGAAGUUGAAGAACCUUCGUCCUCAGGACUACGCCAACUACAGCUGCAUCGCUUCUGUUAGGAACGUCUGUGGCAUAUCUGACCGAAAUGUCGUCUUCAAACUGACUAACAGGACAGCGUCUCCAUCCAUCAAGCUGCUGGUGGAGGACCCCAUCGUGGUCAAUCCGGGCCAGACUGUGUCCCUGGUUUGUAUUACCACAGGCGGAGAGCCUAGCCCCACGCUGAGCUGGGUCAGCAGCUCCGACAGCCUGCCAGAGAAGAGCGUGGUGAAGGGUGGGACGCUCACCCUGCCAGGGAUCACUUCAGAUGACGCCGGGGUCUACAGCUGUGUGGCCAGCAACAACGUGGGCAACCCGGCCAAGAAGUCUACCACAAUAGUGGUCAGAGCGCUGAAGAAGGGACGUUUCUGGAUCACCCCCGACCCUUACCACAACGACGACAACAUCCAGAUCGGUCGUGAGGUGAAAAUCUCCUGCCAGGUGGAGGCCACACCCCCCGAGGAGCUGACGUUUGGUUGGCUGAAAAACGGACGUGCCCUGCGCAGCUCAGAGCGAAUGGUGAUCACCCAGACAGACCCGGACAUCUCCCCGGGAACCACCAACCUGGACAUCAUCGACCUGAAGUUCACCGACUUCGGCACAUACACCUGCGUGGCCGCUCUGAAGGGGGGGGGCAUACCUGAGAUCAGCAUCGACGUGAACAUCUCGUCCACUACUGUCCCUCUUCUGUUUUUCCCUUUCUUAGUUCCCCCAAGCCUGUCAGUGCCGCGGGGCAAGAGCCCCCUGGUGGUUCGUGAGGGCGACACAGUGGAGCUGGAGUGUCUGGUUUCAGGGAAGCCCAAGCCCAUUAUCUUGUGGUCGCGGGCCGACAAGGAGGCGCCGAUGCCGGAUGGGAGCAUGCAGUCGGAGAGCUACGACGGCGUGCUACGGAUCGUCAACGUGUCCAGGGAGAUGACGGGCUCCUAUCGCUGCCAGACCAGCCAGUUCAACGGGUUCAACGUGAAGCCCAGGGAAGCCGUGGUGGAGCUCAUCGUCCAAUACCCUCCUUCGGUGGAGCCUGUGUCCUUGGAGUUGCGUCAGGGCCUGGGGCGCUCGGUGUCCAUGAACUGCCGGGUCCUGCGAGCCCACCCGUCCCGGGUGCUGCGCUACGAGUGGCGUCUGGGGAACCGCCUGCUCCAUGCCGGGCACUUUGACCAAAGCGACGAAACGGAGUACACCGUCAAAAGCCUCACCCGCGAGGGAUGGGGGGAGUACACCUGUGACGUCAUCAAUGAAGCCGGCGCCGGGCGCUGUACCUUCUUGGUAACAGGCAAGGCGUUUCCCCCCGAGUUCUACUACGACACAUACAGCCCUCUGUGGCAGAACCGGCCUAGGGUCUACAGCUUCAAGCUGCAGUGGACCCAGAUGAACCCGAACACCGUGGACCGCAUAGUGGCCUACCGCCUCGGCAUACGACAGACGGGGCUCCAGCGGUGGUGGGAGCAGGAGAUCCCAGUGGAGGGAACCAUCACCAAAGGAGAACUGAUCACGCACAACCUGACAGAGCUCAUCAAGCCGGAGGCCUACGAGGUGCGCCUCACUCCCAUAACGCGCUUCGGAGAGGGGGACUCCACAAUCAGGACCAUCACCUACAGCGCACCGGUCAACCCUCACCUGAGGGAGUUCCACUGUAGCUUCGAGGAGGAGCCCAUCUGCAUGUUCACACAGGACAAGAACGAUGACUUUGAUUGGACGAGACACAGUGCAGCCACCCGUGACACCAAGUACACACCCAAUACUGGGCCUAGCGACGAUCGCCGCGGUUCCAAACAAGGUUUCUACAUGUACAUCGAGACGUCGCGGCCUCGGAAGGAGGGCGAUGUUGCCAGGCUGGUCAGUCCCUUCUUCAACGUGGCACCUAAGAACCCGUACGGCAUGGCCAACCCCCCAGCGUACUGCUUCGGCUUCUUCUUCCACAUGUACGGCAAACACAUUGGGACCCUGAACGCGUUCCUGAGACAGAAGGGUCAUGCUGCGCCCGAGGCACCUGCUUGGUCACUAAGCGGUAACCAGGGUGACCGCUGGAAACAGGCCAAAGUCAGCAUCCACCCAACCGCCUCAUUCCAGGUGGUGCUUGAGGGUAUCCGAGGUCCGGGCAUUGAGGGGGACAUUGCGAUCGAUGAUGUCACGCUCGAGGAGGGAGAGUGUCGGGAUCUACCGCCCAUUAAUCGCAUCUCUUCAGCCCCGCCCUCGUCCGCCCAUAUAUGGUCGCUCAGUGUCACUUUGGCGAUGACCUUCCUGUGGGGUCGAAGGUGACCUUGCCCUGCGUCAUCUGGCUGAGACGAGCGGCCUGACCCGGCCUCGGCCCCGACAUCGGCCAUGGCGUCUGUGUUCUUGUACCCUCAGCAUCCAAUCACCAAAGAUUCAUGCAUUUAAAAGGCGGGGCUUUCAACACAGACCUCCGCAGAGGAACGAAAAUCAAUAAAACCGACGAAAAAAAGGGAGAGAAAUAAAACCCACAAAAGUAAUAAAAGAUUCGCAAAUGUUUUUUUAAGAGACAACUUUUCCAGAAAAUUGCUCCCCAAGAGCAGGAUUGUGAGCACUUUUGCAAUCGCAAAGCCAGGUCUUUAGUGACGCCUGGACUUUAAUGCGAGUGGUUCACAUGCCAGGCGGGAGAACGAUUUGUAAAGCACAAGUGCAGUUUUGCCAGUCAGGAAACUUCAAUUAAAAAGUAUGGAGGGAGAAGAGCUGUUGGUGACUUUUUUGCUUUUCCCCAGCUCAAGAAAAAUCAUGGAAUCUAAGCUUUUCUGCGUGCUACAUUCAUUAAGUUACACCUGACAUGCAUCAUGGAAACGUUUCACCCUUUCCAGCCACCCUCACCUGCCCUCCGCACCAUGUCUGUCUGUUAGCUUGGUGCUUUACUGCAGAAAUUCAAAACUCGGACAACAUUGGGUUAUCUAUCAUGGUUCUCUCUCCCCCUCCUUCCCAGUAGCUGCUUCGGUAAAUCAAAACACUGUGCUCACAGCCCCACGCGGCCAACGGAAGGCCAGACAGGCCCAAGGUCCGUGUGUUUUAUGAAGCCAAGGAAUGGAGGACAGAGUUGAAGGUGGGUGGGGCAGAGAGGUGGAAAAAGGUGGGGGAUUUAGGCGAUGGACGGUUUUUGGGUCAGGACAGAUGAUUUGGACAGGGCAGGUGGACGUCUGUGGCAGUCAGAGAGGUGGGUCGAGGUGAACGGGCAGGCAGGCAGACCGACCGGCAGCUGGAGGUCUAAGGCUAGAGUGGAGGUAUGAGAGUAAGGAGCGGAAGACAAAUGAGAAGAGAGGUGUCUCUGUUCUGCGCCAGCCAGCCGGCCGACCCCCCGCAGCUGAGAAACAGGUGCCACUUUCUGCCAUGAAACAAAGUGCCUUCAGAUAACGAAUAGAACCGAGCGAAACGUGGGCCUGGAUGGUAACACCAAACACACCAAUGUUAAAUUGAUCACGAUGACGUUUCCUCGGCUGUCACAGACGUUGGGCUAUUUCUUUUCACACACGUUCAUUUUGCCCAGCAAGUGCUUGCGAGAGGCAUGCUUGCGCAGAGAGAUUCAGUUCAAGUUGAGUGUGUGUGUGUGUGUGUGUUUGUGUGUGCGCGUGCGGGCGUGUGCGCUUAAGGCAAAGGACAGUUGAGGCUAGUCAGGCAGACGGGGCGGGGGGGAGUUGUGGAAGACGAUAGGUUAAACCUCUGCAGAGCUUAUCUUAAAGAUAGGGGCGUACUGUAAGAGGACAAAAACACUCGUUAUCGAUCCAUUGCCUCGCUUUCUCCGGAAAAUUCUCCAUCCCAGCUGAACAGACUUGUGUUUUUUAAGAUCAUAACUAUUGAUGAGAAAACAAUGCAUCGUGCAGGGAGUUGGUGAAGGCUACUGCAGGCUUUACUUUAGAUGGAAUCCUGUAUGGCUCGCCCCCCCCCCACACCACACCUUCACCAUUUAUAUCGAACAGUGUGAGAGAAAAGACACAUAAUGAUCAUAAUAAUAAUGAUAUUUUAUUACGAGAAUGUUUCUCUGCUUUUACACAAACUGUGAAGAUUGACUGUGGAAGAUCUACCCGAGACCGUCCAUUUCCUUAACCAGCUGGUUUUUAAAACAACGUAUUGUAAAAAAUAAUUUACAAAAAAAAAGACUAAAAGAAAUUGAGAAAAUUCCGUACAUGUUGGUUAUGAAGAAGAAAAAAGUUCUGAAGACUUGUUGGUCUUGUUUCUUAUAUUUUUUGUUGGGAAAAUGAUCUGACUUUUAACUUCCUUUUAUCUAGUUGUCUACCUUGCAUUGCUGAAAUAUCAAAACCUGACAAUGGAAGCAUAAGAAGAUAAACCUAUUGGGUAAUUGUAUAACUUGUAAAUGUAAAGAAGCUCUAUUAUAAAGGUUUAUGAUCAAUGUUUUAUGUUGGAGAACUGGAAGCACAACAUAUAAGCUCUCAACAUAUAAAAUGCAGUAUAUAUGACACAUAUGUGACCUGUUCUCACAAAGUCAGGCUUAUAGAUCCUCAAACAUUAAACACCAUCAGUGAAAACACCCCACUUACUAUGUUCUUAUUAAUUAUGUUGACAUUAAUGAAGUGUUAACCAUCCAAAGACAAAAACAAAUCCAUGUAAAACUACCAGUCCAAAACGAGAAUGGAUUACUUUACGAGACAAUAAAGCUAAAAGGAUUUCUAUGUUAUCACGUAAUAAUUUGGCCGGUACUGCAACUUAUGACAUAGAAAAUGCAUUGUACUGAAAACACAUAAGAAAUAUAAGCCUGGUUUGGUGCGAACAGGUCGUGUACGUGUACGGGCAAAUGCAGUGUACAAUAGGUGUAAUAAGAAACAGAAACAUGUAAAGAAAAAAAUACCAUGCAUAACUAAACAGAGCAGAAUGAUAGGGAGCCGUUAUAGAGCAUUGAUAACAUUCUCAGUGUUUAUGUUAUCGUUCCUAGGAUAUUAUCACAUGUACUGUCAAAGAUGUAGUCUGGUUCAUUUAUUUCAUUUUUUUUUUGUGAUUUUCAUUUUUCUACCAUGCAUAUGAAAAAAAAUUGAUGUGCCAUAAUUAAGAAAUUCUGUUCGGAGGCCUACCUGCCCUUUGUAGAACAUAUGUUCACAGAAAAACAUGUGGUUUUUAUUUCCAGAAAAUUAAAUAUAGCAUUUCCCAUGUUUUCGAAAGCUGUAUAGGUCAAAAGGUCAAAUGCAGGUCAAUGAUGCCUGUUAAUUGAUCUUUUCUGACCUGGAAACAGACGUAGAACACAACACGUUACAGUGCAUUGUUCAAAAUUCAGUUCGGUUUAAUAUCUGCGAACAAGGUUUUCAUUUUGCGGGAACAGAGUGGCGUAACAAAAGGGCUAAAGUGACCCUAGCACAGAGAAGAAAAGAGGCCUCUAGAUAGAGAAAAUGUUUUCUUUCGAAUUGGGAUUCUCCAUUGAGGAGAUCCCCCAUUUUAAAGUAGUCAACUAAUUCGGUUAGGUAAGGUCACUAUGGGACUGAGGUCGUCUGUGGGGAUCAGCCAACACUAUCUCACGUUAGAUGUUCCCAGAGGUAAGCGGAAGAAUCUCCGGGAGCCGUCAGUGCUGGGUGAUUCCACACGCCGGCCCACGCCAGACAAUGAUUUAUAUAUACCCUUAGACAAACAUGACUGCAAGUGGCAGUAAAUCACCCGACCUUAGCUUUAUACCUGUUUAAACAACACGCCAGGUGGCAGUGUGGACACUUGCAGUUUGCUUGCUAACUCGUUGAAGUAGCAGAUAAAGAAGACGGACUACUUAAAAAUGGGAGACGAAGAGACCUCUUUUCUUUAUAUCUCUUUUCUUCCAGAAAGAGGAACCAUGUUAUGUGGACCUUGGGAAUUCGUUUAGUUCUGGGGAUCAUUGUAGUCACAUGUUGUCCAUCAUAACAGAAGGGCUUUGUCACGUUGUGCUAUUCUUCACCAGAUGUUAAUAUUCUUAUGUCCCGAAACAUGUCAGCAUCACUUCCUGUCACCAGUCGGCUUAUGCCCUUGGGGUAUAUCUGAAUACUCUGAAAUUGCUACCUCUUCUUUCCUUCAACGGCUCUGAUCUAAAAACCUGCUACCGUGGGAAAAGUUAAAGCAACGGGUGAAUAUUUUGGGAAGUCGUAAUAUUGAGCAUUUCGGCUUGUUUUAAUUUCAGUACAGAAUGAGGAAGGAGACUAGGAGGGGAAGCCAUUUUAGAGGGAAGACAUUCUGUUUUAAUAGGAUGUUUCCGAGAGUUUCCUGUCUUGUGCCAACACCUUGUAUUAAUAACCACCCGUCAUUCUUCUGUGUUCUGUGUUCUAUUUAUAUAUAAUUAAGCUACUUUUUCCACUAUCUUUCUUUGAAUUCGUCACCGUUUUUUUUAGCCAUACUUGCAACUAAUGCUAAAAUAAAGAAAAAUGAUAUUUUA